AUGACUUCUACCGAAGGAACUCCUAGUGAACUUGGCUCCCGAUCAAGUUCAAAUUCCCACCGGCCAAUUCACUACACACAGUCUGUACCCACAUUUAUCGAAGAAAGGAGAAUUCACCAUUUGCAAGCUGAAGAACUCGAUGGGAGACGCUCCCGCUCACAUUCGGAGCCACUGACUCGAGAAGCCGUAAAAAUCGCUCAAGAACUACGGAGGGCGAGCGAUCUGUUUAUCACGAAUUACGAGUUAUCUCCCUCGCCGACAACGAAACGGGAAUUUUCUCACUACAGAAAAAGCUCGUCCAGACGUAUUACUGUAGGGGGAUCCGGAGGAGACGCAUUGAGACAGGAAUUAAGUCAAAUGCUCCAAUCUAAUGGGGAUGCUAAAAGAUUCGAGUUUAUGGAUCCCAAUCCUUUACCCUUGGAGGGCACUCCUGUUUAACAUCACCCUACUCUGUAGGAUGCUGAGGCGAAACAAGCAUGGUGUCAGAGGGGUGCCUGAGAAGUUGAAACUAUGAUCGUGUUCUUUUGAAUAAUAUUUUCAAAGCAGCAUACAGCUGAAUAGGGGAGAUGCAAGGUUCUGAAUCAUUUUUGGCUGAAUUUGAUACAAUUCGCUUUGCCUGGUGUUACCGUACUUGAUACGGCAAUCUUUGUGUUUCAAAAACUGGCAAGAUAGAAUAAGAGAUAUCCGUUUGCAACACCGCAGAAUGAAAGCAAUAGGCUCUUCACUCAAUUCCUUAAUAUUGAGGUCUCGCAUAUUUUUAUAUGUAAUUAAAGUUUUGUAUAUAAGACUUAUUUAUUUUAUCAAUUUCCAUGUCAGAGGUUGCCUCCCCCCCCUCCCACAACUAUCAACUUAGAGGGUGUAAUGAGGACUGGGUUAGUGGGUUUUUUUUUUUCUUUCAGUUAGGGAAGGUUGGGGACAAAGUUCAGCUACCUAUUGAUUGAAACCAUAAAAUUCAUGUUGAGUUCUUUCGUGGUUGGCUCUAUUACAGUUUGUUCCCAGUUUAUUGUUGAAUCUCUCCUACAACCUGUUGUUUUUAUUCUGGGUCAUUGCCUACCAUGCAGAAGGCAGGCAUGUAUAGGAGAGGGAGGGAGGGCUAAGUAAAAUUUGUGGGUGGGUGGCAGAGACUGCAAGUUGUCAUCUUAAUCCUUUACACCCUAACAUCAGUAUGCAUAUUCUCCAUACUGUUCUUUACACAUUUUUUAAGUUGCUUGCAAGGAGAACUUGUUUAACAAUCAAGAGCUUCUUAAGUUGGUAAUCGUUUCCUUUAUUCUUGUGACUCAGGGGUGGUAUUGUUAAAAUAGAUUAGAUGCUAGUCACUCUCAGGAGGUUAAGGGUUAAUGAAGCCACCUUGGAUUAGAGGAUGCCUGUGGGGGACAGAAGCUUGAAAAUCUUCAUGUUGGGUUUCAGAUGAAACCAAGGAUGCUUUGCUUCACAGAUAAACUUGACUUAGAGUCAUGCAAAAAACAUCGACCAAUUUAAAUUAAAUAACUUUGUAAUAGAAAAUAUUAUGUUUUGGCAAAUUAGAGGUUUAAUGUGGAAGUUUUUAUAAUAGGCAGUGAAUUGUGUUAACAUACAUGUAGAGUGGAAACUGGGAGACUAAGAGUAAAAGAAACAUGAAUGAUUCAUGAAGAAAUAUUCAAUGAGGGGAAAAUUUUCCAUAUAAAGAGUGUCUUUCCUACUGGAAUGUUUUUGGUUAUAAUUACAGUAUUAUGACUAUUAACCCCAAAGAGUGAUGAGAAUCUAAUUUCUCUCUAAAGUAUCACCCUUGAAUCAAGCAGUAAGGUCAUGUGAAUAAAGCAAAUGAUCAAAAAUUCAAGAAGCUCAUGAUUGUUGGACAAAUUUUCCUUGUAGGUACUAGAGGCAAUGAAUAGAGAAUAUGCAUACUGAUGUUGGAUUGUAAAGGGUUAGAUAUUAUGUUCUUAAAUGUCCAUGGCCCUAUCAUAUUAUAUUAUACCUUCUGCAUGGAUAGGAAGCUUAUACAAAAUAAGCAAUGCACAACUUUUUUUUCUUUUCCUUCUUUUUUUUUGUAGAGGGAGAUUUUUUUCAACAAAGGAAUAGGACAAUUGUUUGUAUAAGAUCCUGUAAGUUAUUAUAGAACAAUCAAGAGCUUCUUUUAUUGGUGAUCAUUUCCUGUAUUCUAGCGGCCUUUAUGUUUGAAUCAGGGCUGAUUUUGUAAAGAGAAAUUAGAUGAUAGUCACUUCUCGGGGUCAAAGGGGUUAGUUAAAUAAAGUACUGCUUACCUUGUUUGAGUUGUUUGUUCUUAUGCAUUGCCCUCUCUGGUUUGAUCCAAAAGCCACACAGGAGACAAAGAGGCACAUAAUGGAAGCUGUUUAUGGUAGUUUUAACAAAAUUUAAACAUCUAUCUUCUGGCAUUGGAGAAGAGCCAUUAUCCCCAUUGAAUUCUUUACCUUUUACAGCUUGGCUACUUUGGUGUGAUAAUAAUAUACCAUAACAUUUUAGUGUAUUAAGCUAAUGCAUUGACACUGACUGUUCUGAUCGCUAAUUCAUGAAAAGUAAGACAAACUAGUUAGGAUUUUGUUUCAUAAUAUUGUUACCAAAAAUUUUUGUGUGACUUGUGUGACUGUCUAGAAGUUUCGUGAGUAUGCUAAUUUAAGCCUAGAAGUUUCUUGAAUAUUUAAUCAGUUUUACAUAACAGCACAUCAGCAACUUUUCAAGUCCGUGUAAGAUGCGGUAAAUAGUUCCACCUUAGAAUGCUACUAUAAUUAGGUUAGCUGGAAAGUUCUAUAAUCUCAUGCUGUUUGGCGUACAAGCUAAUUUGUGUAACUAGAUGCAUGACUGGUUUUUUCAUAAGCUGAGUAGUGUGAUGGAGGUUGAGUUUAAUGGCGGUUGUGAUUAUUUGAAGUUUGGCAGAGGCUGUGCAUUAGUGUUUACUGUAACAAGUUGUUUCAGAGUUUUGCAGCUGUGAAGACUACAUCAUCUGAAAUAAAUCAUCUUUACUGCUGUUCCAACAUCCCUGUGUUCUGUUACAGACAAUCAUUUCCACUUAACAAUCACUCAUAAAAUAUACAAUUGAGUUAAAUACAUGCUGUGGUGUUAGCUAUAGUGAAAAUAGUAUUUAAGAGCAACAGUAUAUACAACCAACAAAAUCAUGGGAGCAAAGUGAAAAUAAAACUAUUUUUGAGUAUCUGGGUGCUUGUAUUAAUGUCAAAGUCUACAAUAUCUAUCUUUGUUAGUAUUGCUUAACCUUUGGACCCCUAAGAGUGACUUACAUCCAAUUUUUCCAUACAACAAUAUCACCCAUGAACCAAAUAUUAAGGUUACAAGUCAAAAGGAAAUUAUCACUAACUAAAGAAGCUCUUGAUUGUUAAGAAAUUCUUCUUUUUAACUCUUUGGGAAAUGUAUAGAAAAUAGUAGGGAGAGUAUAUAUGUAAAUUUAUUUAUAUAAUAAGCUCAGUUAUCCACGCAUUCUGAUUGGUUCUCACUUAUGAUCUAUUGGAGGACAGACAUAUAGAUGACGUCAUCAUUAAAACUUUGUUAAUUCUCUAUUGUAUAAAACAAAUAGAUUCCAAGUUGCCGUGCGUCUGUUCAGUAAUAGAUCACAGAGGAUGUCAAAAUGUGGUAAGAACAUCAGUGACACACUCGGCUGCGCCUCGUGUGCCACUUUUUUGUUCUUGCCACAUUUUGACAUCAUCUGUCAUCUAUUACUGAACAGAUGCACGGCAACUUGGAAUCUAUUUGUUAAAUAAUAAGCUCAGUUACGCAUGCAUUCUGGUUGGUUCUCACUGAUGAUCUACUGGAGGACAGACGUACAGAUGAUGUCAUCACUAAAACUUUUUUUAAUUCUUUAUUAUAUAAAACAAAUAGAUUCCAAGUUGCCAUGCAUCUGUUCAGUAAUAGAUCACAGAGGAUGUCAAAAUGUGGUAAGAACAUCAGUGACACACUCAGCUGCGCCUUGUGUGCCAUCAUCUGUGAUCUAUUACUGAACAGAUGCACGGCAACUUGGAAUCUAUUUGUUAAAUGUCUAUAUGUAUGUAUGUAUGUAUGUAUGUAUGUAAGUAUACCGAUGUAUAGCUGUAUAGCAUGGCAUAGUUAAUGGUAAAACAGGGAGGAUAAAAAUGAAUUAAACAGCAAAAUUAUAUGCGGUACUUUAGCCAGUGAGUUGGUGUCUUUAAUAGUUGUAUUUAGUAGUGCAAGAAAAUUGAUAUAUUUAAAUAAUGGAUAAUAAUGUUUUUUUUCCCUAACUGUCAAAGGGACACUCUUGGGUGACCUGAUUAUUUAGUGAUGGGUGGCUAUGGUUUGAGCUCUUACUUAGGCCAGAGUUGGGGGAGAGGCUGGUUAGGUUGAUGGGGCACAAAUGUUUAAUAACUAAACCCCUUCAGGCAGCUGGUAUAUCGGCUGAUAAUGUAUGCUGCUGAGAUAUUGUCCAAAAAAAUUAGUAUUUGGCCAAGAAACCAAGCUUUGAGGGCAAAUGUGAAAUUUUGAGGAAAAUCUCUUAGCCAAGGAAAUUAUUACCUGACAUACCAAGAAGCCAGAAGUGCGUUUAUUUAUUUUAUGUGACUCUCCUAUUAAUUUUUGUUUUGCGUAUUGACAGCAAUUUUGUUGACUUUUUUUGUACUUCCUGGAGCAACAUUUGAGAUCAAAUUUUUAAUGGUAGUACCUGUCAAAUCUACAAAACGAGUUUUUAUACCAGGCAAUUAAUUAAGAUGAGAAAUAUGAAACUCUUGAGACAGCUCUUUUUGCUGGCUCUAUUUCUCUUCAAAGGAAAACAAGGAGGACAAAUAUCAAUGUAAAUGGUGGUUAUUGCACAAUAACUGUCUGGUGAUUUUGUACCACGUGACGAAAAGUAGCCAAUAGAGUCGCGUAAAAAUUAAUGUGUGGGUUAUAAUAAAAGUAAAUUAUAUUGAUAAAUGCAAUGUAUGUGAGAAAAUGACCUAUUACAUAAAAAUCAUAUUCACUAGCUGUUCAAUUUCACAAACCAUUUUAGGGAGACCACCUCUUGCACAACUAAAUUCGAGGCAUUUGAUUUCCACAAAGACUCUCCUUUCAAGCUCCGAUUGCGACAAAACAUUACCGUCCCUUUUUAGAUACUUGUUUAAAUUUAUAGAUACCGUUUAAAUUUUAAAAUUGAGGUGAUCUGGUAA